AUGGAGCGCAGCCGUGGCGUUCCAGAAGAGGAGAUGUUCCUCAACAAGCCCGCUCCUGAAGAUUGCGACAGCCCGACCGUUGAACCACUGCGCAUAUUCAAGCCUCAGAGCCCUCAGCCUCCGAGGGACGGCAGAUCGUCCGCCUUCAGAUACCCGGCGCCUCCGUCGUCCACCUCUCCUGUUUCUCAGCAUUCGUUUCCUUUGCCUCCUGGUGCUUCCAGCUCUGCGGCACCACUUCCAUUUCCUGACGACGACGACGUCCGCAAACCUACUCCCGCGAAGCCGUUCGGUUCUGCCUACAAUGACACCAGUCCUCGAUUAGAAACUAGCCCCCAUGGGAAGAAGCCUGGUCUUGCGGAACGAAGAGGAGCUGCUCCGAAGCCUAUCAGCUCUCCUACAAGUCCUGACGCUGAUCACGAUCUUUUCCAGCGCCCCUUGGCUGAUAGCCAGCGCCCAGACUCAUCUAACGCAAAUUAUCACAACUAUCAAAAGACAUACUAUCCACCGCCCGGUGCGGCAUCCAGCUCUUCAAGCAAUGCACCUACAAAUUUGGCCCCUGCCCAGCAACUCAAAAUGAACGACCAGGGCGUAAAUCGCUUCGCUUCGACCGCUUCGACAUCUACCACCCGUGCUAGCCGUGGCUCUCCUCCGCCUCCCGAGACCCCGGUUGUGGAACCCGGACAGGCGCCGGCCGAUGCCAUCGAGGCCCGAUAUGCUGCCGCCGGUAUUUCUGGCACAGCUACACUGAACAGCCUCGGCGCACCGAGCGCCGCCGCAUCACAAAGGCUUGCACAAUACGGGAACCAACCUCCUCCACAACGGCCUUGGACACCGACUGAAACCCCCGACCAGGCACCAUCUGGCCCACCCACUGUGUACCAGGGUAUGAAUGCCAUCUCAAGCCCGGCGCAGUCACAUCAAUCGUUUAGCCCUCCUCCUCAGUCUGAACAACAGCCACAACAGAAGCCACAGGGACAAGGGCAAGCACAAGGGCAAGCACAAGUCAGUGUGCUAGAGCAAGAUUUCCAGCGAAUGAACACCAAUUCUCCUCCUCCUGCCUACUCAAGCCUCGGCCCUGGCGGUAACUCAUCUUACCCGAACGAGAAACAACGGCCUCAGCAAGCUGGAUCAAGUUCGGCUUCUGCUUCAUCACACCAGCAGCCAGCAACCUCGACACCUACAAAGACAACAGUGAUUGCUGCCCCCUCGACUGCAGCUAGCGGUCUUGCGUCACCUGCCUUACAACACCCAGGCCAUCCCGCGUUUGCCAAUGACCCCCAUCCUGCAUUCGCCAACGAGUCUCGCCCUGAGCAGAAUGGGCAGAGCUCUCAACAGCAAGUUGUUGCUCCUGCCCAGACCUUUGAGCCCCAGAACCCGGCCUCCCCUCCGCCCUUGCCCGAGGGAUGGAUCGCCCACCUCGACCAGAACUCGGGACAGUACUACUACAUUCAUUUAGCCACCCAGGCAACACAGUGGGAGUUUCCCAAGGGUCCAAACCCCAUAUCGCACGAACAAGCCCCUCUUUCGCCAACAGCUUCAACAUACGGAAACCCUUUGGCUUCACCCAACAUGUUUGGCAAGCAGUCUAUGGCCUCUCCCAUGUUUCCCCCACAUACCCCUGGUCACUUCGACCAGCCGUUCCUCCGUGAAGCCUUCGCUCAGAUUCCCCACGUCCUGCAGAUUGAUGACCACGACAUCUUUGACGGUUAUGGUUCAUACCCCGACUAUAUGCAGUCCUCGCCUAUGUUUAAGAAUAUCGGCAGGAUCGCGACGGAAAUGUACCUCCUGUUCCAACAUCACACUACCGUCGAGAUGCUGCGGAAUGUCAGCACCGAUCAUGAUAUUUUUACCAUCACAGGCACAGGCUGGCAUUUUGUGAAGUACUUGGGUCCGGCCGUGGUUGUUGUAGGCCCUGACUGCCGGUCUGAACGGACCCAGGCCCAAGUGAUGGCAGGCCCAACAUAUCAGGGAAUCUUCCCCAAGGUUGCUACACUGCCUCCUAGUGUACAGCAUUGCAUUUGGAUGGUCUCAGUGCCACUUGUAUAUCCGCGCUUAGAUACCGUUGAGAGUCUUGCUAAUACGAUGGCUGCUGGCAAGAAGGCUGUCAAUACGACGUACAACAUUCUGGGCAAGGUGACAAGCUCAGUCGCAGGCGUGGUUGGAGGCAAAGACGUGGUGGCGCAGGGAUUCUCACAAGUCAAGAAGGCGGUGGGCAAGACCGGUCUUAUGGGCAACGUUCUUAAUCAGUUCGGUGAACUUGAUAUUCAGGAAGUACUCAAGGACAUGUGGACUCAUGACACCAAGGAUCUGGAGAGAACGUAUUUGAUUCGAACUCUGCAAGGCAUAUCGCAACAGAAAGGAAUCCGAAUGACAUUCCUUUCUGGAGACGUCAACGCUUCAGGAGCUGGUCUAGUUCACGACCCAACACACCCUGGCGAUCACAAGACCAUGUACCAGAUUAUCUCAUCGCCUAUUGUGGCGGCACCCCAGAGUAAUUAUGUCCUCAAGAUGCUACACAACCAGAAGACUCUAUAUGUACCUCAAAACGGAAAGAAGUCGACACAUGAGGUAUCUGACACAAAAGAGGACAUGAUGGAGAUUUUCCACUCCGAUGCCAGUGGUGCUGCGCGAGAGCUUAAGAAGCUGAUGGGCCGACGUAACUACGUCGCAUUCGUUUCGUACGACCAAGACGCUGCCGCCGCAGUACCUCAAACGCCUUUCAGCCCCAACCCAAGCCUCAACGGUUCACAGCAGGGUCUGUCCAAGGUCAGUUUGGCUGUUGACUUCGUGGUACAAGGCGAUGGCGCCUUUACAGCACCAACCAAAUACGGCCCUGUCAUCAUCCCUCAUUUGGAAUAUGGCCGAUAAUGUCGUUCAUAUAUUU